AUGACCGCAACUUCGCCUGAAGUCGGCUCGGCCGAGAAUAUGGAUGUCAACGAGCCUGGAAUGGUUCCCCCUGAGAGCACAGCUCCCUCCACGAGCGAAUUCGUCGCCCCCAUUCAGUCAUCGAAGUCAAGGUUCCCUCCUCCCAAAACGGACAAACCCCGCCCACACGUGUGUACCACCUGCAUGCGGUCUUUCGCUCGUCUGGAGCACUUGAAACGUCACGAGCGAUCCCAUACGAAGGAGAAACCAUUUCAAUGUCCAGAAUGUGCGCGAUGCUUUGCCAGGCGGGAUCUGCUGCUGAGGCAUCAACAAAAGCUCCACUCGUCCACCACUCCGUCCUCGCGUCCCCGGGCUGGCCGGCGAGAAAGUGCUGCUGGAGUGGCCACCGGGCGUGUGCGCAAGAAUUCCACGGCAAAUGGGGCACCUUCGAUGAGGCCCAGGGCAAAUACUCUCAGUCACGUGGACUCUUCUACCAUCGGCAUGCUGGGUGACUCGACUCGAAGCCUAGGUCGCACGUUCGCACCUGGCCAGGAUCAUCACAACAGUGUGGGCAGCUUGUCUUCGCCUUCGGGUUACGCCUACCGAGGUGGAAUUGCCAAUAGCCAAAACUUCCAUCUUCCCAAGCUAGACACCCAGGGGCUUCCCGUCGAUCUUUCCAGCGGCUUGCGUACAGCGCCACCUUUUGGGGGCUUUGGUGCUGAGUUUGGUAUGAACUUGGAUUCGGACCAGGGGGAUACUAUCAACCCACACGCGCUCCAUAUGACCGGCCUACAUGGUCUAGGGUUGGAUCCCUCAUCCGUAUCCUUCCAACAAAUGUUACAUGGGAUGGCAGCUUCUCAUGCUAUUGCUGACGAUGACACGAGCUUUGACUGGAUAGCACAAGGGUUCGAAAACCAGAUGUCCUUUGUGCAGGCCAAUGAGAAUGCAAUAGACGACUCUUCCCCUUCGGCAAUGAGUACCAACAGCCCGCCGGGUAUGAACGAUUUCACAAACGACCCAACCCUUACAGCAAUGCAACAAACUGCAGCUUCCAGUAAUACUCUGUGGCCUAACACCCUCACAACGCAGGGACCUAUGGUGAACAGUCCUCUCAGCAUGGAUCUGAUGUCCAACUUCACAGAGAUGAUGCAUGGCCCAGUCGAGACCAUCUCCCCAAAAUCAUUGUUGCCCCAUGGGACAACAUUGGACAUGAACCUACCAACUCCUCCCGAAUUUGGAUCCCUAGACCUGUCGGCAAUGCAGGCUGGGAUGCACUUCAACGGGUUUCAAUUACCACUCAUGACGGAUGGCCCCCUUUCCAGCUCAUCGACUGCAUCCAUGGAUAGCAGCCUUCAUCAAAGUUCGGUGACUACGAUGUCUUCGGAGUUGGUGAGUGACCAUGUUCGGAACGUUCUGAUCGCUGGGCUUUCCCAGGAUGCCGGCUUCGGACAGCGGAGGUACUCGCAGUCAGCAACCAACCCGCGGCUGUCUCCUGGCUCUGGCUCUCGCACGACAGGGUUCAAUGCGAGCACAUUCCCGAGCACCUACGACCUUCAGCGGUACGUAACGGCGUACAUGAAAUACUUCCAUCCUCACCUUCCGUUUCUCCAUGUUGCUUCUCUCAACUUCGAAUCCCCGGAAUAUUCAACUCCUAUCCGGUUGGUAUCAAGCCAAUCGCAGUUCGGCAAAACAACCGUCGCCGGCGGAGGUAGCUGUCUCAUAUUAUCGAUUGCAGCUAUCGGCGCGCUGUACGAACACGAGGUUUCGCAGUCCAAAGGCCUAUUUGAAGGUGCGAAGCGUCUCAUCAGCAGCUACCUGGAAGAACGGCGCAAAUCCAACAUGACCAAGACACAAUUUGCCCCACGACAUUCUACCGAAAGAGACGACACACCGCUUUGGCUAGUCCAGGCUAUGUUAUUGAACGUGAUAUACGGCCACAAUUGUGGUGACAAGACUGCCGCCGAGUUGGCGAGCAAUCAUUGUGCAGCCCUGGUCAGCCUUGCACGUGGUGCCGAACUUGCGCGGCCUUCGCAAUCGGAGGCCGGGCAUCAAGGCCCCUCCGCCGGCAACUAUACGACUGGAAUGCUGCACAACGGGUGGAAUACCAUGCUCAUUGAGACGGACGACUCUGACUGGCUGGAGUGGAAAGGUACAGAGGAACGCAAACGGACACUGUAUGCUGUCUUCAUCCUCUCAAGCAUGCUGGUGACAGCAUACAACCACCCUCCAGCCCUCACGAAUUCCGAGAUCCGCCUCAACUUGCCAUGCGACGAAGAGCUCUGGGCAGCCGAGUCAGCUCAGGCGUGGCGGAAUCUGGGAGGGACCGCAACCGCAGAGGCCAGCUGUGCCACCUUCGCCGAUUCGUUGACCCACCUUCUCAUGGCUGCUCAGCGGCAGAGGCAGCAUAGCAGCGGCCACGGUUCACACGGACCUGCCAAUGAGCCACAGCUCAAGCCCAGUACGUUUGGCUGCCUGAUCUUGGUCAACGCUUUGCACAACUAUAUUUGGGAAACUCGUCAACGACAUCUGGGACGGCAAUGGAACACCAGCGAGACCGAACAAAUGCACGCUCAUAUUGAACCAGCACUCCGUGCAUGGCAAGCUGCGUGGGCGAGCAAUCCUAGCCACAGUCUUGAGCGCCCAAAUCCUUUUGGGGCAGGCCCUUUGUCUGCUGAUUGUAUCCCUUUGCUCGACCUUGCAUACGUGCGCCUCUUUGUCAAUUUUGGAAGGUCGAAGGAAGCCUUCUGGCAGCGUGACUACGAUGCAAUGGCCGAAGAACUUGCCAAGGGUCCGGAGUCCAGUCAUGGCUCUGAAACAUCGGCCGGGGCAAAGAGCCAUGCUUCUCCGGUCAGCAAACUGGAGGAUAAGGGCGAGGGCCAGACAAUAUCAUCUACGCAGGCUGAGGCUGACCCGGACAUCCUUCGAAACCUCGGAGCGGAAGUUGGAACGUCUCAGCAGUCGCGGCGCGAGCGGUAUCUCCGAAAAGCAGGCUUCUACGCAGCGGAUUCGCUGUCAAUGUCCGACCGACUGGGCCUCGGCUUUGUAGAGCAUACUUCUCGGGAGCUGCCAACGCAGUCAGCCAUGUGCGCAUUUGACUGUGCGCAGGUGCUGGCUGAGUGGGUUGCGACUGUGCAGGAGCGGGUAGGGAAGUAUCUUGGAGUCAUUGGUCGAGAUGAAGUGAACCUGAUGGAGGUGCCUGGUAUCCUACUCCUGGAGGACGAAGAUAGGAAACUGAUUCACAAGAUCACGGAGAUCCUGAGCAGUGCUGAGGCGAAGCUUGAAUCACGAGGCGGUUUCGACCUUGGAGGUGCUCGAGAAGGCGGACACGGAAGCAGGAUACUGGUGCUAACAGCACGUCUACUUGAAAGAGAUGCUGUUUGGCCAGUUUUCAAGCUCAUGGCCCGUUCGCUCGAGACUCAAGCCGGGCACAUCAAAGAACGAGCAUUGGCCUCUGUGGCUCAUCCCUGA